AUGCGUUGGCUCCACACAGUAGCGGUGGCGUGCUUGCUGCACGUGGCGGUGCCAGCAGAGUACCUGCUGCCUGGCGACGUGGUGCCCACCCACUACCACCUCAAGUACGCCUUCGACAUCGACCCAGCCACCAACUUCAGCUACUUCGGCGUCGUUGAUAUAUACCUAAACGUGAAAAAAGCGACGUCGAAAAUAGUCCUCCACGCAAAUGACAUAUUGAUAGCGGUCCCUAUCGUCCGCGUGGGUGAUGUAUCAUCCCACAAGGUCACAGGCUACAAGGUCAAUGACACCUACAGCCUGAUGACCAUCAGUCUGGACAAGGAGUUACAGGAGGACCAGAAUUACACCCUCACUAUACCGUUCUACGGUAACAUCAAGCAUGGACUCGAUGGCGCCUACAUCAGUACCUAUGUCGAUAAGAUGACCAAGGAAAAAGAAUACCUGAUUACAACGCAGUUCGAGGCUAUAUCAGCUCGCAAGGCGUUCCCCUGCUUCGACGAGCCGAUGUACAAGGCCACCUACUCCAUCGUCAUUGGACAUCACAAGGACUACACCGCGAUCUCCAACAUGCCUCUCGAGAACUCUGUUUCAGAAAAUGCUCUCGAGGACCACUGGCCAUGGAGUCAAAUUGAGAAGAAGUUCAUGAAACCCAAAUCUGAUUUCGUGUGGGACUCGUAUGAGAAGUCGGUGGCUAUGUCCACCUACCUGCUGGCCUUCGUGGUCUCCAAAUUCUCCUUCGUCCAGAGCCCUCCAGAGCUCUCGGAUACGAAGUUCAGGAUAUGGGCACGACCUGAUGCUUUAGACCAGACGGCCUACGCUUCCACGACUGGUCCCAAGGCCCUGUCAUACUUCGAGCAAUGGUUCAACCUGAGCUACCCGCUGCCCAAGCAGGACAUGAUCGCCAUUCCAGACUUCGCAUCAGGUGCCAUGGAGAACUGGGGCCUCAUCACUUACAGGGAGAAGGAUCUGCUGUAUGAUGAGAAGCAAUCUUCCUUCUUGAACAAGGAGAGAGUUGCUACUGUAAUAGCCCACGAGCUCGCCCACCAGUGGUUCGGAAACCUGGUGACCAUGAAGUGGUGGUCAGACCUCUGGCUGAACGAGGGUUUCGCGACCUUCGCAGCCACCGUCGCCGUGAACCAUGUGGAACCGACGUGGAACGCGGACAAGAGUUCAGCAGUCAAUGAUAUGCUACUCAUCUUGAACUUGGACGCUCUUGAGUCUUCACAUCCCGUGUCAGUCCCUAUCGAUGACCCCAAGCGUAUCUCUGAGAUCUUCGAUGACAUCUCUUACCAGAAGGGAUCCACCCUCAUCAGGAUGAUGACCAUGUUCUUAGGAGAUGAAGUCUUCAGGAAGGCCAUUAACAACUACCUUCGCAAGUACUCCUACAACAACGCGGAGCAGGACGACCUCUGGCUGGAACUGACGGCAGUCAGCAAGAAGUAUGGAGUCCUGCCUAGUAACGUCACUGUCAAGGAUAUCAUGGACACCUGGACCAAACAGACCGGGUACCCCAUACUAACUGUCACCAGGGAUUAUGAGGACAAGUCCAUCACUGUGUCACAGCGUCGCUACCUGUCCCUGGCGGCUCGCUCGACGUCGCUGACGUCGUGGUGGGUGCCGCUGAGCGUGGUGUGCGAGCCGGAGGCCCGCGGCCCGCCGCCCGCGCUGCGCUGGCUCGCCGCCAACCAGGGACUCACUAAACUACAUCGGUUCGAACAUGGGGCCGAGAGAGAUCAUUGGCUACUGUUCAACCACAAUAUGAUCGCUCCCUACCGCGUGAACUACGACACUCGCAACUGGCAGUUGUUGUCUAACGCGCUCAAGUCCAACGAAUACACUCGUGUACCACUACUGGGCAGGGUUCAACUCCUGUCUGAUGCCUUCGCACUCGCCUGGACCAACCACCUCGAAUACUCCACCGUACUCAACUUAGCAUCCUACCUCCAGCAUGAGACAGAGUACCUCCCUCUGUACACCGGCCUCAGAGGAUUGAUGCAAAUUGAGAACGUUCUGAAACGGUCUCCAGACUACGGCGCCUUCCAGAAGUUUGUGAGGAAACUCAUCGGUGAUGUAUAUGUACGGUCGGGAGGACUCGCCACCAAGAAGAUCCUCAACGGACAUGACUUGAACAGCGUCAAGAUGCAGGUUACAAUCAGCUCUUGGGCGUGCCGCAUGAAGGUCCCUGGGUGCGAGGAGAACGCCAUACAACUCUACAAGCAGUGGAUGGACACUGAGAAUCCAGACGAGAACAACCCCAUCCCGCUGGACCUGCGGCGCACGGUGUACUGCGUGGGCGUGUCGCGCGGCAGCGUGGCGGAGUGGCGGUGGGCGCUGGCGCGCGAGCAGCGAGCCAACGUGGCGGCCGCGCGCUCCGCGCUGCUCGCCGCGCUCACCUGCACCAAGGACGUCUGGAUACUCGCGCAGUACUUGGAGUGGACAGUAACCGAAGGGUCUGGCGUGCGCAAGCAGGAUGUGCUGCCAGUCAUCGUGAACAUCAUCAGGUCGCCCGUCGGGUACUACGUCGCUAAGGACUUCAUCUACACGAGGGUCGAGGAGAUUUACAACACAUUUAAGGGCCAGUACAGACGUAUGGGAGAGAUGAUCAAGACACUACUGCAGCAGUUCACUACACAGAGAGAGCUGGACGCUUUCCUGGAGUGGCGUGAAAAGAACGGCCAGUACUUAGUGGACUCUAAGUUGGCAGUGGAACAAGCCAUCGAGAACGCUAAGGUCAACAUCAACUGGAUCACAAAGAACAGGAAGAAUGUCGUCGAUAAACUCAGGGAGUUUUCCACGCAAUUCGAAAAAACAUCACAAAUCAACCACGGGAUGCACAGUGCUGCCAUCACGGGCAGUGUGCAAGUUUUCACCGUACUCAUACCGCUUUACCCACAUUUUAUGAGAAACUAG